UAACUCCUUUCAAUAAUUUCACUUAUGUUACUCUUUAAAUCUAACUUGUUUGUUUCAUGCAAGCGUUUGUGGUGCUUGAUGACAGAAGACAAGAGGAGAACGACAGGUGCAUUUAACGUCAAGGAAGACGAGCACUGUCGUAAAUAUUUAAACAGCAGGUAAUACAAGCCAGGAAGUGGGUUUCGCUUGUAGCAGCCUGGAACAGACCACAAACAAAAUAACCAAUGUGAGGAGACGACAGGCUGCUGUCUUCCCGGCUCCUGGGGUAAAGAAGGCCUGAACGAUUCCUGUCCUGCAGUUUACCGUGCUGCACUGAAGCUUCGUUCCCUGCAGAAACUAUGCCACAUGCAUAUGGUCCUGAUCCGGGAUUUGUGCUCGGCUCUCUGGGCUGUAGGGGACUUGGGGAAUAUUUCCCAGGAAAGCUUGAAGCACAGUCUAGAACAGCUCUUCCAGGGUGUUUUACAGAAUUUACCUGUUCAGGCGGUACCAGAAGCUACAGAGCAGACUGCCAGACUUCUCUUCAAGUUGUACGACAGGGAGAAGACUGGCUUUGUUCCUCUCAGAUCUGUGGAAGCGGCACUGAUAGUGCUUUCAGGAGACACACUUUCAGCCAAACACAGAGGUUUGAAUCCGCUGUUCCAGCUGGGUGUUAGCUGUAGCAGAAGGCAAGGCACAGAGGAUGCUUUUGUCAGCCGUGCCGGCCUCAGGAACCUUCUGGACGACCUUAGUCAGGUACCAGCUGUUGUUCAGGAGAGCCACGUGUUUGGUUCUGUGGAGGCUGCAAUCCAAUCCUGCUUCACUGGGGUUAUCAAUAGGAGGGCAGGGGAGGAGCAUUUUGUGAGCUGGCUGCAAUCGGAGCCUCGUUUGCUGCUGUGGCUCUCUACCCUCUACAGACUGUCAGUUAGCGAGGCAGUACAGCACAGAGUGCGCUGCCACGCCUGCAAGGCCUUCCCCAUCAUAGGCCUCAGGUAUCGCUGUUUGAAGUGUUUGAACGUCCACCUGUGUCAAAACUGUUUCCUUACCAAGAAACGUACAAGGAAACACAAGCCUUCACAUCCGGUUCUGGAGUACUGCACUCAGCCCUCAUGGAAGGAAUCAGUGGCAUCACUGGCAUCCAGUGCCCGCCAUGUUCUUCUGCCACGGCGCUACACCAGGAGAGAAACAGAAAGGAGGAGACCUCUUAUAACUGGAUCUAAUGAAGAGACACAUGACAGGUGUCCUCUUUCCCUCAGUGCUCAUGUCUCAGGGCUGCAGCAGCAGGAGUGUGUGGAUAAUCUGGAAGGUUUGGACAUUGUUGUCUCUGAAAAUGUUCCUCCUUCACCUCCUCCUCCUCCUCUUCCUCUGCAACUUAACAUGGAGUCAAAAUCACUCCAGACAGACGAGUCUGACAGCCAGCCUCAGAGAAAGAUGUCAUUACUCCAGAAGGACCUAAGCAUCACGCAAAACGUCAUGAAAGAUCUGCAGAGAGAUAAAGGUCUUCUGGAGAAAGAAUUUCAGGUGUGGAAAGUAGCUGCACAGUCAGAGCAUGAGUCUCUGGAAGACAGGUGCAGGGAGCUGGAGGCCAACAUGGAGGUGCUGAUCCAGCACAACCAACAGCUGGAGCAGGAGCUAGGACAAGUCAGACAUGCAUUGAGUAUGAGAGGAAGAGAUGAGUUUGGCAGUGACAUCCACACCCCUCCUCCACAACAACACAGCAGAGAUGACACCAGUGAGAAGCAGUUCACGGAAUCCGAAAGUCCAGCUUCAUACACCAGCUCCGCUACAGAAAAGGAUCAGGAAACAGCGACAGGGGAAGUGAGGGAGAGAGAACAGCAAGUGAAAGAAAAAGAGACUCUGAAUCAGGUGCAAGAGGAAGGGCGUAUAGAUGUAGUAAUUACUGAAACCUGUGUGACCGAGACAAAGAAAGUGGUCCAACUUGUUGGAGAGUCUGAACAAGAGCAGGAGGAGGAAGAGGAGCCACACUUUUACAGACAAGAGCUUAUUGGAAACGAUAUAACCUUAGAUGGGUCUGUCAUAGCGGAGGAUUCUGGGACAGAUCAUUCAGAUGAGGAAGAAGAAGAGCUUUGUGAUCUAGUGCAGAGACUUCAUGGUGCACUCCUAUCCACACCAACAGGGUGUGGUUCACGUCAGACGGACACACUGUUACAGGCAGCAGGAGGGGUUGGAGAUUCAGUGUUUCAUCUUGUUACUUCUCUCAAAUCAAUCAACUCACCUGUACAGGACAUGGAACAGGGGUCAGCAAACAGUGGUCCACACGGCAAAGCCUUGUUCCACCAAGCAAGUUUAUUUUCCCACCAAUGAAACAGGAACCUUUUCUCUUUUGCUUUAGAAAUUUCAGUGAUUUGGCAGUUUAAACAGCAGACUUACAGUAUCAGUAAAAUUUGGUGUGUGAAUUUAUUACUCAUAUUUAGUCACUGCCCAUUUGCACGCAUCCCAUACUAAAGGCCCGAUUUUGUUUCUGUGAGCUGAGAGACUCCUGCUAUUGCCAAGCAAGCAUGACUGCAAUUGACGAGGAAGACAAAUGCCAUUCCUCCCACCAGAGAACAGGGCCAAUUAUUGUAAGUGACUUUGGAGUUAUCUGGAUUUCAAUCUCCCGCACUGACAGGUGCAUGUUAUUGUUUGUACUGAUGCUUUUGUGAAAAUGUUUAGGCUGUUAAAAAUCGUCAAAAUUAUUAUUGUAUUAUUAUGUAAUAUUGUAGAGUAUUUAGUGCUGCCAAGCUGCUUCUUCCAAGCUAUGUUGGUUACCCAACACCCAAUCCCUGACACAAAUACAUUUUUAAUCAUUCUUAACCAAUCCAUGCCACUCAACACUCAACCCUACUUUAAUAGUUGUUGCAGAGCCAAUGUUCUGAUUAUAUAACUCAGGGGUCAUCAGUUCCAGUCCUGAUGGGCCACAGUCCAGCACAGAAAUACCUUAUUCAAUUUAAUUCAAUAAAACUCUUAACUAUUGGGUUCAAUUGGGUUCAAGUGAAAAAGAAAUCACUGAACUGUGGUGCACUUCAGCUGAACACGUACACUUACGAGUAGCUUGUGAUCUUUUUGCAUGAUUGUCAUAUGCAUAUAGAAACUUAAAAAUUAAAUAAUCUUAAAAAUGAACUUAAACCCUACUUAUUUUAUUGUUCCUUUUUAAUACUAUUUAUUAAGUGCUGUAGUUAUUCAUUUUUUUUAUUCUGUUCUUAAAUUUAUUAUUAAAAUAUUGCUGUGA